GUAAGCGCGUGACGCUAGUGUGAGUGUUAGCGUGGCGGCACUAGUGUUAAACUCUCUGUGUACUGUCUUUCUUUGUAUAUAGCGCUAGCGUUAGUGUUAGCGCGGCGCCGCUAGCGUUAGCAUUGCGGCGCUAGCAUUGAAAUCUGUGUACCGUCUUCGUAAAUAUCUCUCGUUUCAAUGUCGGUUUCAAUGUGGGCACUUGCGGCUUUUACACGGCUGCGGCGUAUGUAUGUACCAAACGGUAUUUCCUUUACAAAUGUACUGGGUGAGACUUAUAACCGGGUGCGCAUCAUAGACCGGUAAUUACGGUAAUAUGUAAUCACGAGGUAGUGGCCGCAACUCACAGUUCGGUGCUGCCUCGGUUUUAAGUUUACACUGGAUGCAGUCAGGGAACAGAAAACAGACAACUUCACACAUUUUGUGUACAGAGGAAUAACGAGAUUUUAAAUGAGAGCAAUAAUCUUUUUUUUCAAGUCCAGCAUGAAUACAUUUCUCUUUUUGAGGAAAUGACAGUCACAACACCUUUUAACGCAGCUGCAAAUUGUGUUUGUACCGUCUUGUUACUUUGAAAACAAAAACAAAAACCCCAAGGAGCUUGUGGCUAGAGCACGAAACAAUUUUACGCAUCUUGUCACUGAGCUAAAAUAAUUGUACCGUAAUUUCCGGCCUAUAAGUCGCUUCCAACCCUACGGUUUACGCGGUGAUCCGGCUAAUUUGUGCAUUUUUUCUAAUGGCUGCAAGGGGGCACUCGAGCGGAAAAGCUAAGAGUGAGACCGGUGGAAUAUAUGUGCCGAGGAAGUGACUUUUAUAGGUUCGGCCUUGUUAGCGCUGCGCUAGCAUGUUACCGCCGUGUCCCAGUGAUUUUUACCAGUAUGUAUUUUUUUUAACCGGCCCUGUUAGCACGGCGCUCGCGUUAGCACAGUGGUGCUAACGUUAGCGUUAGCACGGCGGUGCUAGUGUUAGCAUUAGCGCGGCGGUGCUCGUGUCAAACUCUGUGUACUGUCCUCCUUUGUAAAUACUUAAUGUUUCAAUGUGGGCACUUGCGGCUUUUAUACAGCUGUGGCCUAUGUAUGUACCAAACGGUAUUUCCUUUACAAAUGUACUGGGUGAGGCUUGUAACCAGGUGCGCUCUGCAGGCCGGGAAUUACGGAUGCGGGAGGUUGACCUGGGAAGCGGCAGAGCGCUGCUGAUUAAAGAACACGGCGAGUUCUCAGCAAUGGGCCACAAAUGUCCGCAUUACGGCGCACCGCUCGUCAAAGGCGUGCUGUCGAAAGGACACGUGCGCUGCCCGUGGCACGGCGCCUGUUUCAACACCGCGACGGGCGACAUCGAGGACUUCCCCGGCCUGGACAGCCUGCCGACCUUCCAGGUCAGAGUUGAGAAGGACAAGGUCGUCAUUCGGGCAAACAAGCAGGCGCUUCAGUCGCAGAAACGCUCGAAGGCCAUGGCCCGAUGUUCCGCAGUCAUUAACUCCAACACGGGCUUCACUCAUGUUUUGAUUAUUGGAUCAGGUCCGGCUGGUCUGGUGUGCGCCGAGACGCUGAGGCAAGAGGGCUUCGCCGACCGCGUCGUCAUCUGCACCAUGGACCGACAUCCUCCCUACGACAGGCCUAAACUGAGUAAGUCCCUAGACAGCACAGCGGAGCAGCUGAGGUUGCGCUCUUUGGACUUCCUGCAGGACCACGACAUCGAAUUGCUCACAGAAAAAGAGGUUGUGGCAAUAGAUGUGAAAAUGCGCUGCGUCACCUUCGAAGAAGGCUUGAGGAUGGAAUACAGAAAACUCUUCAUUGCCACAGGAAACAAACCGAAAGCGCUGAACUACAAAGGCGGGGAUGUCAGGAACGUGUUCCACCUGCGGACGCCCGAGGACGCCAACAGCAUCGCCAGGCUGGCCAACAACAAGAACGCCGUGAUUGUGGGAACCUCUUUUGUUGGGAUGGAGGUGGCCGCAGCGCUGACCGACAAGGCCCACUCCGUCUCCGUCAUCGGCAUCGAGUCCAUCCCGUUUAAAAAGGCCCUCGGUGACAAAGUCGGGAAAGCCAUCAUGAAGCUCUUCGAAGCGAACGGGGUGAAGUUCUACAUGCUGAACGAGGUGUCGGAGAUGAUCGGCCAUCACGGACAGCUGAAGGAGGUCGUACUGAAGAGCGGCAAAGUCCUGAGAGCUGACGUCUGCGUUAUCGGCGCAGGAUGCGUCCCCGCGACCGCUUUCCUGAAACAGAGCGGCAUUCACCUGGACUCAAAGGGCUUCAUCACUGUCAACAAGAUGAUGCAGACAAACGUGGACGGCGUCUUCGCCGGGGGAGACGCGGUGACCUUUCCUUUCCCGCCGCGCAACAAUAAGAAGGUCAACAUUCCUCACUGGCAAAUGGCUCACGUGCACGGAAGAGCGGCGGCUCUCGGCAUGUUGGGCCGGGUCGCGGAGAUGAAAACCGUGCCUUACUUCUGGUCGGCGAUGUUUGGGAAGACGAUGCGCUACGCGGGAUAUGGCGACGGAUUCGAUGAUGUCAUCAUUCAAGGCGAUCUCGACGAACUGAGAUUUGUCGCAUUUUACACAAGGGGCGAGGAGGCGGUUGCCGUGGCCAGCAUGAACUAUGACCCCAUCGUGUCCCGAGUGGCCGAGGUCUUAGGAUCCGGAAAGAAGAUUAAGAAACGAGAUGUGGAGACUGGAGACAUUUCCUGGUUGAUCGACAAGGGCGCCCAAUAACUUAAUUCCGGAUCCAGCCGCUACCCGGUGCCGAGACCCAAGGCAGCUAACCCUCGUGAGGCGACUUUUUCACUGUUCAAGACGUGGAAACCCGCCACUGAGACGCUCGCUGACCCGAGAGCGCCGAGUCAGCAGGACUUUGGUGACCCGCGUUGUCACGUUUCAAGCAGUAGUGGAUUCAGCUGCAAGAUGUCAUCCACAUGUACAUUUUGUACUUAAAACAAGCCAUGCAUGGGCAUUGUCGGGGUUUGAACUAAUAAUGUUGUAUAUACAGUGAAGAAAAUAAGUAUUUGAACACCCUGCUGUAUUGCAAGAUCUCCCACAAUCCAUAAAUCACAAUGUAUGAUUUUUUUUU